AUGUCCGAGCCCACGACUGCGCAAAAGCCAAAGACAAUUGGUGGCUUCAUUGAAGAAGAUGAUGACGAAGAUGAUGAAGAGCAAGAGCAAGGCACAGGCACAAACGGUUCGCUCGCUCAGACUCCUGUGCAGCAGCAACACAAUGUACAAGCCGUAUAUAACCCUCCUCCUACUGAUUCUCUUGAACAAGACCAUGCCCCUUCUGCUCUUCCCACUCAAGGUGCUUCUGUCCAAGGCCAGACCCUGCCGCAGUCCAAUGCUCCUGUUCCCUCUGCGAACAUCUCUUCUUCAUCUUCUGCUGCCCAAACAAAGCCUCGCUUGCCUCAGGACCGUGUUGGUCAGCUGGAGGACAGAAUUGCCGACGAUCCAAAGGGUGAUGUUGAUGCUUGGCUUGACUUGAUUGCUCUACACAGAUCCAAGAACAAGCUUGACGAUGCUCGCAGCGUCUACGAUCGCUUCUUCGAAGUCUUUCCAACUGCUGCCGAGCAAUGGGUCGCCUACGCCCUUAUGGAGCAAGACCAAGACGACUUCCUCCGCUUAGAGAAUAUCUUCAACAUGGCUCUCCUCAAGAACUACAACGUCCAGCUUUGGGGCAUCUAUCUCGACUACAUCAGACGUCGCAACAAUGUCAUGACCGACACAACAGGCCAGGCUCGCCAGACUAUUACUCAGGCGUACGACUUUGCGCUCAACUUGAUCGGCAACGACAAAGACUCUGGAAACAUGUGGCAGGAUUACAUCAACUUUAUCAAGUCGGGCCCUGGUAACCCUGGUGGCAAUGGCUGGCAGGACGCUCAGAAGAUGGAUCUCUUGCGCAAGGCUUACCAGCGCGCCAUCACUGUCCCCAUGCAAGCCACCACCAGUCUGUGGAAGGAAUACGAUUCAUUCGAGAUGGGUCUCAACAAGAUGACGGGCCGCAAGUUCCUCCAGGAGAAGUCGCCAGCUUACAUGACCGCUCGUACCUCCUACAAUAUCCUUCAGAAGAUCACCCAGGACCUGAAGCGCAGAACUGUCCCGACUUUGCCCCCGGCACCCGGCUGCGAGGGCGACGAUGAGUACCAGCAACAAGUCACUAUCUGGCAGAACUGGAUCGAAUGGGAAAAGGAGGAUCCGCUUGUUUUGAAAGAGGAGGACAUCAAGGCCUAUCGCGAUCGUGUUCUCUACGUCUACAGACAAGCCACCAUGGCUCUUCGCUUCUGGCCCCAAAUCUGGUACGACGCUGCCGAGUUCUGCUUCGACAAUGAUAUGGAGACCGAAGCCAAUGACUUCCUCGCCCAAGGCACCGCGGCCAACCCAGAGAGCUGUCUUCUCGCAUUUACUCGUGCCGACCGCAUUGAGCAGACUAUGCCUGUCGAAGAUGGCGAGGAAAGCCUUGUCCGCCGUGGCGAUGCCGUCAAGGAGCCCUACGACAACUGCCUGAAUGCAUUGUAUGCUCUGAUUGACAAGAUCAGAGCGCGCGAGCCUAAGGCCAUUGCCCAAAUCAAGGAGUUUUACGAGUCGCUGCCUCCGCUGUCUCGCGAACCCACCCCCGAGGCUAGAGAUGAUGAGGACGAAGAUGAGUCGAAGGACAGACCUGCUGCGAACUCCAGAGAAGCCGAGGAGAAGCGACAGAUCGAGGAAGUGCAGAAGGACACUGCCGCUCAGAUCAAAACCGUCUCCAAGACGCUAUCAUUCGUCUGGAUUGCUCUCAUGCGUGCGAUGCGCCGUAUACAAGGAAAGGGCAAGCCCGAUGCACCUGUAGGAGGUCUUCGAAACGUCUUUGCUCUUGCGAGAAAGAGAGGCCGUAUCACCAGCGAUGUCUAUGUGGCAACUGCACUCAUCGAGUACCACUGUUACAAGGACCCGGCAGCAACCAAGAUUUUCGAGCGUGGCAUGAAGCUCUUCCCCGAGGACGAGCUCUUUGCCAUGGAAUACCUCAAGCAUCUGAUUGCUACCAACGACGUCACAAAUGCUCGUGCUGUCUUCGAGACCACUGUUUCUAAACUCUCAGCUAAGCCGGAGAAUGUCGCCAAGACCAAGCCUCUCUUCCUCUUCAUUCAUGAGUACGAGUCCAACUAUGGCGAACUUGCACAAAUCACAAAGCUCGAGAAGCGCAUGGCCGACCUCUUCCCUGAAGACCCUUCUCUUGUCCGAUUUGGUCACCGCUUCAGAAUCCCUACUUUCGACCCUUGCACAGUCCGCACCAUCAUCAGCCCCAAUGCUCAGACAAGACCCAAGGGCGCAGAAUCAGCUAUUCCCAGUACUGAGGUUGAGCCGGUGCCCAACCCUGCCGUCCUGUCUGCCGCCACUGGCUACGUACAGUCACCCAAGCGUCCGCUCGACAACGUAGACUCUGAUGUCGAACAACCUGCACGCAAGCUCGCGCGUGGUGAGUCUCCGCUCAAGGGCGCGGCAGGUCGUCGUCAACAACAAAGGCAACGUGCAGAAGGCUACGGCUCACAAGUGGUCGCCCCGCCACCCAAGCCGCUUCCCAGAGACAUCACUCUGCUUCUCAGCAUGAUUCCCAAUGCAUCCACAUAUCCUGCUCAGGCGAGAUUGAACCCUGAGAGCAUGGUUGCUCUGAUCAGAGGCAUUGAUCCUAGCAGAGCCAUCAUGCAGGGCGGUGGCUACGGUGGUGGUUACAACUACGGCCGCUAG